AUGUGUUUGCAACACCACUACAGGGCCAGCCCCAGGACGGCCCUCCGCCCACCAGCCCCCCCACCCCGCACCAGGUCUCCAGUCCUGGGAGAGCCCCAGCCCUCAGGGCUGCAGGGAGGGUGGCGGGUGGAGAACUACGUCCCUGCCUGGGCACCCCCCCUCCCCCGGGAGCCCCACACCCUGGUUCUCCCCAGGACCCCACCCCGCCUCCUGAACUGCCACAAGCCCCUCCCCAGACUCCAGGCACUCCUCGGAGAUGCCCCACGGAAGGGUCUGGCCAGCUUGGACCCCGACCCUUCUCCGCACACGGGCUCAGGUGGAAGCCAGACCCGGGGGCGGCGUGGCGGCGGGGGAGCCCGGGACCAAGGGCAAGCAGCAAAUGCAGCAAGUAGCACACAAGCCAGUCCUUGUGCCGUGCCCCCCACCCACCCGGGCGGCAGUCACUGGCACCACGCGGUGGCCCCUCGACCCGCUUGGUGCCUGCGCUACCAGCUGCAGGAAACACCCGGCGUGCGGACACGCACCAGCCCCGGGCCCCCGCUCCCCGCCUCCCGGCCUCGCCUCGGGGACUCGCAGACCUGCCAGCCGGAGCCCCGAGGGAAGAAGACCGCGCGGCCACCUCCCUUCCCAGCGACCCCGGCCCACCUCGCCCUGCUCCUACCUUUGGGGCCUGGGUCUCUUCCCGCGCACAGGGAGCCCCGAGGGCAGUGA